UGUUUUUCCCCUCGCCACGCUCACUCACUCUCAUCCUCUGCUCUGACUCUCAUGCUCACUGAGGCACCAAGGACAGAAUAGACCUUUUUUUUCUCCUUCCCUUCUUCCAAUAUUGUAUCUGACAGGAUCUCUUAUUUUUUCUUUUAGACAUAUAUCCCCUUACUCUCUCUGCCGGUUUCUUGGGUGUUAGAGGGGUAUCAACGUUGUGUGUGGGUGUGUGAGUGUGUGUGUAUGCGUGUGUGCUUGGGGGUUACAGCAUGGAAGCAGUGGCACUGUAUACAUUUCGUGCCACGGAGAGUGAUGAACUCAGUUUCAACAAGGGAGACAUGCUCAGGAUCACCAACAUGGAAGAUGAUCCUAACUGGUACACCGCUGAGCUCCACAACAGGAAAGGCUUUGUGCCAAAAAAUUACAUCAACCUGAGGCCACAUGCCUGGUUUGCAGGGCGAAUAUCUCGUGGUGUGGCAGAGGGUCGACUGAGAAACAGGGAGUGCGGUGCCUUCCUCGUCAGGGAGAGUGAGAGUGCCCCUGGGGAAUUUUCAAUGUCUGUCAGUUAUGGGGACCAUGUUCAGCAUUUCAAGGUGCUCCAGGACCGCUGCAGCCAGUACUACGUGUGGGACGAGGCCUUCUCCUCCCUCAACGAGCUGGUAGACUUUUACCACAGCAACAGCAUUGCUAAGGAGAGGACAGUGUUUCUGAGAGACCCAGAGCACUUUGCAAGGCGUUCUCACCACGCUCACGCUCUCUUCGACUUCACCCCCCACCAUCCGUCACAGCUGCGCUUCCUGCGUGGAGAUGUAAUAGAAAUCAUGGACUGCUCUGACUCCGUACGUUGGAGGGGUCGUUGUCAUGGACGCGUGGGUUACUUCCCCCCAGAGUAUGUCCAGCCUAUUUACCAAUGACGGUGACCCGACGUGACGGCAAAAACAUGCCCGCGCCUAAGGUUUCAUCAACGAGGCAUCAGGACUCCUCCCCUAACCCCAAAAUAAACUUCUUCUGCGACUCCGCCCAGUGAUCUGUGGAGUUAAAGGCUGAAUAAGUCUAUAAUGGAUGGAUUCCUCUUAUGUCUAAGUCAUCUCAGCUUUCACUAUUUUUUUCUUGACUUUCAUCUCAACUGUGGAAGUAACAAAAUUGAAUCAUGCACCCAAGUGUAAAAGGUGAAAGACACAGUCAAAAAUAAACAAAAAUGGAAACUAACCAUUUCUUAAAUGUUGCUAAGGAUACCUAUAUAUAAAAAAAAGAGCUUGAAGACAGCUAUCUUUGGCCCCUCUGUCAUUCAACUGAGAGGUUUCUAAGCAAUAUCUGGAAUAGCCAUGUAAACCUGUGAACUUUAAAGGUAUUUAUUUGAGAUCAUAGUCUGUAACUGGAUGUUUUAAAUGCAAAUCUGGUUGAGUCUAGACCUGUCGCUUGUGUGUGGGUGUGUGGGGUAUGUCUUUGUAAAGAUUUGGCAGUGAAUCACUAAAGGAAGUCCCCAUAUUGCCAUCAGGACUGAUUUGUAAAAGUAAUACUGCAUUGAAAAAACACUGCUUAAAAUGUAAUGAGCUUCAUUUGUUUGA